AGGGAGGAGCUUCUCCAUGAUUGGAGACCAARGAAGGUGUUCGUCGGAGGAAGGAGGUGUCGCAAGGACGAACGCGUCUAACCGCAAUAGAAACGUAAAAAUUAACAAAGAAUUAACUACUGGUUAACAUAAUUCUAGGAUUCAUCACAUUUAGCAGAUUCACCACCUAGCCACUAUCCGUUUUGUCAGCCGAGCUGCAAAUGGUGUGCAGCCAGUGUCCGCGGCCACUCUUGACCGAACCGCAAAAAAACUGCAGAAGAAGAAGACAUCGAAGGAGAAAGGGCAGCAGUGUAAACUUGUGAAUCCGUGUGCUGACUGGUGUAACUUUUUGCCUCAGCAACAGAAAAAAUGGUGUGUACUUGUGCGUUCCCAGGAUGCUCAAAUAAAGCGAAGUCCUUGUCGCCGUUUAAAUUUCACCGAAUUCCGUCAAAGGACGUGGACCUCCGAAAGUUGUGGCUUACAGCGAUGAAACGCGACGUCAACACGCCGCAGACUGCACUGAGACGGCUCCGGGUUUGCAGCGCUCAUUUCACGGACGAAGAUUAUACAGAACCAUCGGCUAACGAGAAGGGCCAACGCUUCCUAAAGGACUCUGCUGUUCCCUCCAUCCAGGUUUGCACCACCCCUAAGAAGAAGACCUCCACAUUAGCAUGUAAAGUAAAGCUUGUUCUUCAUGAUGGAGGUCCUGAACAAUCAUCCCAGAAACCUUCAGCCUCUGGUCACAAUCUGGAAAGGCCUGUAGUUAAAGCUGAGACAGAGUCUGCAGAUGAUGAGCCAAGUGGUGUCCCAGAAAGCGAGGCCUCAGAGGCGUCCAGCGACCCCCAAGAUAUGGAUUCAGAYGAGAACUGGGACCCAGACGAGGAGCUUUUGUCUCACGAUGAGCUUCCAGCUGAGUCUGAUGGGGAGAUCUCCGAGGAAGAGAAGAAAAUCCUUCCCAAACACAGACAGCUCUGCACAGACUGCGGGACCUUUUUUGACAAGCGAAAGCCUCACGUCUGUGAGCAUAAAGUCAAACCCUUUUCAUGUAUUAUUUGUGGAAAGAGGUUAAUAAAUGAGAUCGCUUUGAAGGCUCACUCAAGAAUACACGACGCAAACUAUGAGUAYCCCUGCAAAUACUGCCACGUGAAGUUCAAAACCAAAGCAGCCAAAAUGACUCAUCAACAGAUCCACCUGACUCAAGAGAAGCCGUAUAAAUGUCCCGACUGUUCGGAGGCAUUCGCMAGAUAUCCGGAGUAUAGAGCACACCUGGAGGAUCACAGAGGGUUAACGCAGUUAAAAUGUCACAUUUGUGGGAUGGAAUUCCGCCUCCAUUCCAGGCUUCGGAGGCAUUUAGUUGUACACACAGGUGAAAAGCCUUACAAGUGUGUGGUGUGUGAACGAGGCUUUAACCAGGCCGGGAAUCURAAGUCCCACAUGCGCCUGCACACRGGAGAGAAGCCUUUUCGGUGCCAGCUCUGCGACCAAGGCUUCAACCACAACGUGAGCUUGAAGAGUCACAUCCAGCGCCACCACACACCCGGCUCUGAAUACCAACAGAAGAAGACCAACAAAAGGAAACACGACAGCGGGGAUUACCAAGAUUUUUGGGAUAAAAGUCCAGACUCUUGGCUUGUCGAGUCAGAACAGGAUACAGACGAUGAUGUGCAGCUGAAAGAAGCGUUGUCUCCCAAAACUACAACAAAGAACACAGUUAGACCGAAAGGAAGGCCAAAGAAAAAUACAGCAGAUAACUUUUUACAAGCGGAAGGAACACAAGAACAGAGCUCAGACACUAAUGCUGCUAAAAUAAAUGAAACUGACYUUCCUUGAA